GGUUUCCCGUUUACGUUAUCGGAGAAGGGACCGGAGGAUCCUCCUUCCGAAAAACUCGAUUUUAGAAGAAUCGGUUCCAAGUCAACGUAUAAGGUGGUUGCAACAGUAUGGAACUUAUGGAAAGUGGGUCAGAGGGUUCAUGUGAAACUUUUUUUACACAAUCAUCAUUGAUUAGUGGUCUCCCAGAUGACAUUGCUCUAACCUGCUUGGCAAGGAUUCCUCGUAGAUAUCAUUCCCUCCUCAAAUGCGUUUCAAGGAAAUGGCGAGAUUUGGUUUACAGUGAAGAGUGGCAUUCCUAUCGUCAAAAGCAUAAUUUGGCUGAGACUUGGAUUUAUGCUUUGUGUAAAGAUAAAUUGGAACAACUUUGUUGUUAUGUGUUAGACCCGAACAUGCCAAAGAAAGGUUGGAAGCGUAUCCCUGACCUCUCACCUUCUUGCUCGAAAAGAAAAGGUGUAGGCUUUGAAGUGUUGGGGAGAAAUAUAUACUUUUUGGGCGGAUGUGGUUGGAUUGAAGAUGCCACUGAUGAAGUUUACUGCUAUGAUGCCAGUAGGAAUGCAUGGAGUGAAGCUUCUCCCUUGUCAACUGCAAGGUGUUAUUUUGCUUGUGAAGCAAUUGAUGGUAAAAUGUAUGCAAUUGGCGGGCUAGGAUCAAAAUCGAGCGACCCACAUUCCUGGGACACUUUUGAUUCCAACAUGAACUCAUGGGCAUCUCAUAUGGAUCCUAACGUUGUUCCUGAAAUCGAAGAUUCUCUAGUUCUAGACGGAAAAAUUUACAUACGAUGUGGGUCUUCUGCUGUAUCUUCUCACAUUUACGCGGUCGUGUAUGAUCCACUGAAUGGCACGUGGCAGCAUGCUGACUCCGACAUGGUCUCUGGCUGGCGGGGUCCAGCCAUCGUAGUAAACGAGACCCUUUAUGUAUUGGACCAGAGUUCAGGAACCAGAGUGAUGGUAUGGCGAAAAGAUACUCGAGAAUGGGAAGCAUUUGGGAGAUUAUCAUCUAUACUUACAAGACCACCUUGUCGGCUUGCUGCAAUCGGUAAUAAGAUAUUUGUGGUCGGAAAGGGGCUUAGCACCGUGGCUUUUGAUGUCGAUAAGGCUGCAAAUAUGGAUGGAGUGUUGGUUAGUACUUCCGCACCAAAGUUACCUUCUGACGACGAUGUAAUUAGCUGUAAGUCUGUUUCUUUAUGACUUUUUUUCUCGCAUUCGGUAAGACUAAGUUUUGUUCAAUUGUGAACCGUACCUAUGUCUAGCUCGAAAUACGAUUACUACAUGAACGAUGGAUUUGGGAUCGUCAAACCUGUUGUAAAUGUUAAAAUUUCACCUAAAAUCUAUGCAUCAUGUUUAUGUG